GCCAUGUUGUACUGUGAAAACUUAAUUUCAAGGUCUACAGUUAGAUGGCGGUGUUGGAUAGGGAGUUCAAAGGUGAAACAACAGUUCAGAAGUGGAAAUACAAAGAGGGGUGCAGACCAUGCUCUGUCUGUAUUGCAAAAGCUAUGCGUAUAAUGCGUUUGCUUCUGAACUCCUGUUUUAGGCUUUCGACAACUUACGUGGGUUUACAGACAAGCCUAAAAACCGGGUUCAGUUCACAAAUAUUGUCAUUCCACCUAAGAAAAAUGGUGCAUUAUAAAAUGGAAGAAAGGGGGAAACCGAACACUCUUGACUACAGGAUAUAUUUUAAAACUUCAGAGGGCAAAUACAUUUCACCUUUCCAUGAUAUUCCACUCUUUGCAGGAGAUGAUCAGGAAAAUGAUGUCCCAACAAAGAAAGCAAAGAAAAAUGGAAAUGAGAUCGUGUUUAAUAUGGUUGUGGAAAUACCUCGCUGGACAAAUGCCAAAAUGGAGAUUGCAACUAAAGACCCACUGAACCCCAUUAAACAGGAUGUAAAAAAGGGCAAGCUUCGAUAUGUAGCAAAUGUCUUCCCUCACAAGGGUUACAUUUGGAACUAUGGAGCCCUUCCACAGGUAAGAGUGGAAACCAACAACAUAUCAUCACCCGAGACUUGGGAGGACCCAAGCCACAAGGAUAAUGACACAAAGGGCUGUGGCGACAAUGACCCAAUUGAUGUGUGCGACAUUGGUUCAAAGGUGUGUUCUCCAGGAGAGGUAAUUCAAGUAAAAGUCUUGGGGAUACUUGCAAUGAUUGAUGAAGGAGAGACUGAUUGGAAGAUAAUUGCUAUCAAUGUUGAAGACAAAGAUGCUCCAAACAUUAACAGAAUACAUGAUGUCCGAAAGCUCAGACCCGGGUAUCUGGAGUCUACAGUUGAUUGGUUCAAAAAGUAUAAGGUACCUGAUGGAAAACCGGAAAACCAGUUUGCCUUUAAUGGAGAAUUCAAAGACAAGGAUUUUGCAGUAGAGGUUAUUAAAUCUACACACCAGUUCUGGAAGGCACUGACACAGAAACAGACUGAUGGAGGUGCAAUAAACUGUAAAAAUGUGUCCGUGUGUAAGAGCCCUUUUCAAUGCAGUGAGGAAGAGGCCUGCUCAAUAGUCCAGUCUGCCCCAACAUUUGGGAUCUCAGACGCAUUGCCUGAGGAAGUGGACAAGUGGUAUUUUCUUCCAAAGUGAUUCUUGACCAAAUAUGGGAACUUCCUUGGAAAUGUGUGUUCAAACGACCUUCCUAAAAAUUAAAUUGUAUAAUAGACAAGCACUUAAUAUGCAAACAACUGCCAAAUCUAAGCUGUGUCACAGAAUAAAAAUUGAAUUAUUUGAAAA